AUGCACUCAACCAUUAGCUCCCGAACUUUGAACUGGUCUCGAACGGCCAAAUCCUCAUUAGUCAAGGUAAUCAAACCUGAUCUACCGCAUAAUACUGAGUAUUCAUUGACUGGAAGCUUGAAGCAACAUCUCGUUCGUCCUAGUGACCCCAUUGCGGCGUGCCCGGCACAGGCGCUGAAUGUCCGAACUCAGAUCGCCGAGUUCUCGGGCAGCAGCGAAAGGAAAGAUCAUCUCGGCCACCGCGCAAAGGAGAAAUUGCUCGAUCGGGACUUCUUUCUCAGCCUUCUGAACUCUGCGUCAACUAAGCGUGAAGCCAAGUCGUACCUAGCUCGGCUAAAGGCCCGCCCCGACAAAUCGAGCCAGGAAUCUACACCCAUGGUCCCAAACGGGUCCGUAUCAGCAUCUCUCCCCCCUGGUGUCAAUUUGGGCUCGUUCUAUGGUGCUUCCAGGGCGGUGUACGACAGUCCUGUCUUCCGGCAAGAUACAACUCCUACUCCGCGCGCGCAAGAUAUACCCGAAAGGCUGCACUUGGCGCUGAUCAAAAUCACCACCCCGCAACUACUCGAUGAUAUCGUGAUCAAUGGAGUGGCUAAGACCCUGUCGCAGCUCACCCGUUUGGGGAUGGCAUGCUGCGUGGUUGUCGAUCCCGGAAAGAUGGACGGCCCUGCCGCGCGACAAACCGCCAUUGAGCAGGCGAACCGGGUAUCGGCGGCAGUCGAUGAGCAACCUGACUCGAAAUCCUUCAGACUGGACUCGGUAUUGUCGAUAUCACAACGGGGGUCUGGUGCACCCAGGGUGCUCUCGCGAAAGGUGCUCUUGAGUGCCCUUCGGGGUGGUCAUGUGGUUCUUAUUCCUCCCGUCGCCUAUACGGAGGAAACCCCACGAGCUGUCACCAUUUCAGCUAACGAUGCGGCCCUUGCACUAACGAAAGAGUUCGCGGGAUUGUCGUUAAAUCCAGACCCGGACGAAGAUCCUACAGUCACGGCCGACAUUAUCAGCACCCUGCAAAGGGAGGUCUCACUGGACCGCAUCGUUGUUCUUGAUGCUCUUGGGGGUAUUCCGGCUUUCAAGGGCCCCCAAUCAUCGCACGUUUUCAUCAACAUGGAGCAAGAGUUUGAGCAAAUUACCGAUGAGCUUUCCCAAGCACGAAACUCCGUUUCAAACAAUGAUUCAAAAGCAACCCCAACUUUCGACAGCAAUCCACUGUCAAAAUUUUUCAAUCGCGGGCUUGUCUCUCCCAGCCGACCUCCCGCGUCUGGUCAAUCACCGGGUGCCGAGGUGAUGGAGGAGGCACUCAAUGGCCAUUUAGAGAAUCUCCGCUUAGCCCAACAAGCAUUAGCCAUGCUACCAUCAGCAUCGUCAGGCAUCAUCACAUCCCCACAAGAAGUUUCCUACUCAGCUCGUUCACCGCAUGAGGCAGUCUCCGACUUGUCAGCAGUCGGGACCCGUCGACAGCGCAACCCGUUGAUCCACCACCUCCUCACUGACAAGCCUCUACUAUCAUCCUCUCUACCCCCAGGUCGACGCGGUACUCCCAAUGGCAUCAGGUCCACCGCAGCUAGCCCGAUAACCUCUCACACGACCUUCGUCAAACGUGGAAUGCCUCUUACGAUCCUCCCAAACCCCUACACAAAACCCUGGACAGCCCAGGUCCAACCACGACUAGGGCUGAACGACCCAACCAUCGACCUUCCCCGCUUAGUCAACCUAAUCGAAGACUCCUUUGACCGCAAGCUCGAUGUCCAAAACUAUCUCGAGCGAGUGAACAGCCGUAUCGCUGGUGUCAUCAUUGCCGGCGAGUACGAAGGCGGCGCAAUCCUCACCUGGGAAUUACCGCCGGGCGUACCAGACGACGGAAGCCAAGCUAGUGCCGCACGCAUGGUGCCCUAUCUGGAUAAAUUUGCCGUGCUCAAGCGCAGCCAGGGGGCGGGCGGUGUCGCGGACGUUGUGUUCAAUGCGAUGGUGCGCACAUGUUUCCCCCAUGGAGUCUGCUGGCGUAGUCGGAUAGACAACCCGGUUAACAAAUGGUACUUCGAGCGUUCUUUAGGAACAUGGAAGCUGGCAGAUAGUAACUGGGCGAUGUUCUGGACCACGCCCGGGCUAGUGGAGGAUACUCAGCGCUUUCAGGACUAUGAGGUUGUUUGUCGGUCUAUUCAGCCUAGCUGGGCUGAUACGAAAAGCGUCAUUGACUGA